CUGUCUGCGCUCCUCAGGUAAGCAAAGGACAACUAUUUAGAAACAACGAAACAAACGAAAAACAAAUCUGUGAAAUAGUCUGAUAAUUUUGACACAAUAACAACACGCUUUUCAGACUCAGAGUAAUGUGUGUGUGUAGAAGGUGAGGGUUUCCCUGAGCUCACUGCCAACUAACUACUGGAGGUCCCAACAACACCAGGUCCCGGUGCCACACUGCGCGCUCUGCUGACGCAACCACGUCGCUGUGUCUCAAUGCGAUGGCGGAUAGUAAUGUCCUCAGACCUGCCCACGGAGGGACGGAGCAAAGUCACUGAGCCAGUCUUACCGGCUCUCCGUUAAAACUUGACCACCUGUUAAAUAAAGAGAGAGACCGCUGCCAUUGCCGUCCCUCCCGUGUAAUAAAUAGUAUGUUGGACUGGAUCUGCUCGGAGUGCGCUGACCGGGACGAGCCAGAAGUGGAUUGAAGAGAAGAGGAGCGGAGAGAGUGAGCCGGUGGUUUGACGCACCGCAUGUUGAGCCAGCAAGUUAACAUAAAUAACAAAAGUCGCGUCGACUGGGAAAGGAGGACAGCCGCUCUUUUGGAUUUAACGGAGGUUUGAGGUGGACAGUUGUUCCGGCAAAAUGAAAUUCGCGGAGCAUCUUUCGUCCCACAUCACUCCAGAGUGGAGGAAGCAGUAUCUUCAGUAUGAGGCGUUCAAGGAUAUGCUGUAUGCUGCCCAGGACCAAGCCCCGUCCAUAGAAGUCACAGAUGAAGACACAGUGAAGAGAUACUACGCCAAGUUUGAGGAGAGGUUUUUCCAGACCUGCGAGAAGGAGCUCCUGAAAAUCAACACAUUCUAUUCAGAAAAGCUUGCUGAAGCCCAGAGACGUUCUGCCACGCUGCAAAAUGAGCUGCAGUCUUCAUUGGACGCUCAGCGCGAGAGCAAUGCUCCGCCUGGCCUGCGGAGGCGCAAGACGAUGUUCCACCUGUCGCAGGAGGAGCGCUGCAAACACCACAACAUCAAGGACCUGAAGCUAGCCUUCAGCGAGUUCUACCUCAGCCUCAUCCUGCUUCAGAACUACCAGAACCUGAACUUCACUGGUUUCCGUAAAAUCCUGAAGAAGCAUGACAAGAUCCUGGAUACUCCUCGCGGGGCCGACUGGCGUGUGGCUCACGUGGAGGUGGCCCCUUUCUACACCUGCAAAAAGAUCACACAGCUCAUCUCCGAGACAGAGACCAUCGUCACCACAGAGCUGGAGGGAGGAGAUCGUCAGAAGGCCAUGAAGAGGUUGAGAGUUCCUCCACUGGGGGCAGCUCAGCCUGCUUUGGCCUGGACAACCUUUCGUGUGGGACUCUACUGCGGCUUCUUUAUCAUUCUUGCCAUCGCCUUUGUUCUCACUGGUGCUGUGUUCAUCCGCUUGGAGAACGUGUGGCCACUGGUGCGGAUCUAUCGGGGUGGUUUCCUGCUGAUCCAGUUCCUCUUCCUGUUGGGUAUCAACACUUACGGAUGGAGACAGGCCGGAGUCAACCACGUCCUCAUCUUCGAGAUAAACCCCCGAAACAACCUCUCACACCAACACCUGUUUGAGAUUGCUGGUUUCCUGGGUGUUUUGUGGUGUCUCAGCAUCCUCUCCUGUCUCUACUCAGAGUACACCUACAUCCCCAUGCAGAUCAACCCGCUCAUCCUUUAUGGCUUCAUGGUGCUCUUCCUCCUCAACCCCUUCAAGACCUGCUACUACAAAUCACGAUUCUGGCUCCUCAAGCUGCUGUUUCGCGUGUUCACAGCACCGUUUCACCGGGUGGAGUUUGCAGACUUCUGGCUGGCUGAUCAGCUCAACUCUCUGGUGGUUGUUCUGAUGGACCUGGAGUAUCUCAUCUGCUACUACAUCUUUGAGCUGCAGUGGAGCAACAGCAAGGGCCUGCUGCCAAAGUUUAAAGACACUGAUAACCACGUGUGCCACAGCUACUCGUACGGUCUGCGAGCCAUCAUCCAGUGUCUGCCCGCCUGGUUCCGCUUCAUCCAAUGCCUGAGGCGUUACCGUGACACCAAAAGGGCCUUCCCUCACCUGGUGAAUGCUGGGAAAUAUUCUACCACCUUCUUUGUCGUCACCUUUGCCGCGCUCUACGCCACACACAGAGAGCAAGGACACACGGACGCCGACAUGUUCUUCUACAUGCUGAUCGUGUGCUCCACCAUCAGCUCCCUGUACACACUGAUCUGGGAUCUGUACAUGGACUGGGGUCUGUUUGACCGCGGAGCCGGAGAAAACACCUUCCUCAGAGAAGAAAUUGUUUACCCACACAAGGCCUACUACUACUGUGCCAUUAUAGAAGAUGUGAUCCUGCGUUUUGCCUGGACGAUCCAGAUCUCUCUGACCGCAACAACCAAGAUCCACUCUGUGGGCGACAUCGUAGCCACCGUGCUGGCUCCCCUCGAGGUCUUCAGGCGUUUUGUCUGGAACUUCUUCCGUCUGGAGAACGAGCACCUGAAUAACUGUGGUGAGUUUCGUGCUGUGAGGGAUAUCUCCGUGGCGCCACUCAACGCUGAUGACCAGACGCUGCUGGAGCAGAUGAUGGACCAGGACGAUGGUGUCCGGAACCGUUCAGGCAAGAAGACCUGGAAGAGAUCCUACAGCCUGUCGCUCCGACGCCCCCUACUGUCCUCCUCAUUAUCGAAAAAGGACACAAAGGUGCUAAUCGAAGACACGGAUGACGAGGCCUUCAGCUGAGUCCAAAACGUCAGCAAGUACUCACACACAAACACAGACAUACUAUACUUAUAAGGACCUCAUUCACUAUAACGCCUAACCUCAACCCUUCUCCCUCAUAGUGAUAAGAGUAGUGACCCUUACCUACACCUCUAAAUCUAAACCUGUAAGCAGCAAGGACCUCACUUUGGACAAUUUACCUCAUCUCUCCAUCCCUGUGAGUGUAUUUGGUCUUUAUAAGUAUAGAAAAACACACACGAUACACACUUUAAUGUAGAAACACACACUGAGAUAAACCUGCUGAAGCACAAACAUAGUGUAAUAGCUACAAUUGAGGAGAGAGCUGAUGCCACACAGGCAGACCGACAGGUGGACAGACGUCAAGGGAAAUCUUCUGCACACAGGUGGAAACACAGACCGCACUGCCCUGGGAUUCUUCUCUUCUUCUUUUUUUUUUAAAGGACUUUUUUAGUAUGUGUUGUUUACUUUAAGAUAUUUGUGUUUCUCUAGAUUACUCUUUACUUUUUCUGGAUUUAUUGUGGAGACGCUGCAUAGAUGACUGUUUACAAUCCUUUUUAACUACACUAGGAUCAACAGGGAGAAAACAAGCCAAUCAAAAGACUUAAUAUUAAUCAAUAGAAACCUGAGGAAGGACUCAACACACAAUACAGCAUAUCAAAACAAAUCAACUGGUUUCAACUUGUUGAUUCUUUUUAUACUCCAUCUUCUUUUACUCUUUUUUGUUGAGUUUUUAUUAACGUCCGUGUAAAAACACAACCUGGAGGCACUUGCAGGAAAAGUGCAUUUAAUACACAAAACAUGGAGAAAAAAAAACAAAAAACUACUUGUACGCCAAAAGGGAUGUUUUGAUUCAAACAUUUCUCGUUUGUGAAGUUGCUUUGUAAUAUAUUUAAUAUAUUUUGAUGUGCAUUAUUACUCUGUUGUACUUGUUUAGUACUUCUACAUGUGUUGUUUAUACUAGUGAGACUACUUUGAGCAUCCACACGUUGAUUGACGUUGAUGUAUUUUAUAAAUUUUGGAAUGUUUUUCUUGGUUAGACUUGUGCCAUGUUUUUAAUAAGCUCAUAGUUAGACCUCGAUUUAUCCCCGACCUCAAAUUAGUGCAAAAACCGACCUGUGAAUCAUCGUGUAUGUCAUCUUAAAGUGCCCUAUUAGAUACAGUAUAUGUAUGUACAUUGCUAUUCUUUGCAUUAACUACCAAAGCUUUAUUUUUAUGAAUGUGUCCAUCCAGCCUGCACAAAGAUUGCUGUGUUCUUUUACAAAAGUACACAUUUUGUUUUAGGGGGUAGGUUUUGUCUUGUUGGAAAUCCCAGUAAUAUGAGUAGAAGUAUGUCAGCAGUGAUGUGAUAUACCACUUCAAAUGUUCAGUUGAAUUGUUAGUGAGUCAAAGUGUAUAUGCCAGAGGUUCUCAAACUGGAAGGGGGACCAGGCGGGAAAAUGUGGAGCGCUUUUUAAAAUGAAUCUUACAAUAACUAAAUAAUUGAGCUCUCAUGCUAACAAGGCUAGGCUAGCAAGAUUUAUUCAAACAGCAAAACGACAUGUAAAGUACAAGAUGGACUGAUUUUUGACCAGAAAUAAAAUCAAACACAGUCAAAAACAAAAUAUUAGGGCUGCAACUAACAGUUAUUUUCAUUGUUGAUUAAUCUGUUGAUUGUUUUCUCGAUUAAUCGAUUAGUUGUUUGGUCUAUAAAAUGUCAGAAAAUGGUGAAACAUGUCGAUCAGUGUUUCCCAAAGCCCAAGACGACGUCCUCAAAUGUCUUGUUUUGUCCACAAUUCAAAGAUAUUCAGUUUUAUAUAUUCUGUCAUACAGGAGUAACAAAACCAGAAAAUAUUCACAUUUAAGAAGCUGGAAUCAGAGAAGUUCUCCUUCUUUUUUUUUUCUUAAAAAAGCCGAUUAAUCGAUUAUCAAAAUAGUUGGCGAUCAAUUUAUUAGUUGACAACUAAUUAAUCGUUGCAGCUCUACAAAAAAUUAAAAGGUUAAUCUUGCUCCCAUGUUGAAAGCCUUUGUGUCUGCCAUGUUCAACAUAAUGUUAUUGCAAUGAAAUUCAAAUUGGCUUAUUUUGUUAAUAAUUUUCCCGAUAUGAAUGUAUUUUUUUUUUGCCUUUCAAAGUGAUGAAGAGGUUUGAGAACCACUGGUAUAUUGCGACACACUUCAUAUGGUCACCAGAAAUCUUGAUCUCUCUGACAAAAGCUCAGUUUUGCCAGAUUGGGCAGUUUUGUACCCAAUUGAGCUACUGUUUAGUUAAAGGAACAAACAGUGUGUAACAUUUAGCGGGAUCUAUGGACAGAAAUGGAACACCGGCUCUAGAUAAGGCCUUUCGUGUUUUCACGUUUUUUUGCGUUGGCCACCGUAGAUCUCCUACACGCUUGGCACACGGGCAAAGUUUCAGUUGUUUACAAUCUGCAACCUCACCACUAGAUGCCACCAGAUCCUACACACUGCUCCUUUUGUGUGUAUAAAAAUGUUUUUGGGCAGCUGUUGAUAAUUUGGGUUACUUUUUGUACCAUAUAGGUGGUUUCAUCCAACAGAAACUUGCGCUAUAACCCUAAACUAUUCAUCUUUAUUCAUAAAACCUCAUCCAACAUCUGAAAUGAAGAUAAUUUUAUGACGAUUGGGCGACGAUUGGUGGCAGUCAAAUCUGGCAACACUGAAAAAGCUCUUUCAGGGCUCUUUAACAGUAAAUACUUGUGAGCUGUGACAUGUUUCACAACUCCUGUCCAGUUCUGAAUCAGUCAGGUUUCACCACAUUCAACGAUCCAGAUAUUAUGAUUGUUUGUUUGUCUCUAAUGUUCAAUGUUGCCUCGUUCAUUUUAGCACUUUUUAAAAAAAUUAUUUCAAGUGUUGUGAUUUGUUAUAUCAAAUGUAAUCUUCUAAUCUCAGAUAAGGAACGUUAGUAACAACUAGGACAAAUGUGCUGUAAAUCUAACAUCCACUAUUUGACCCCUUCGGCGUAUUUUCAAACUCCAGUAUUAUGUUCCUGCAGUAGAGAAGGCUGCAGUUUCAGAACCACAUUUCGAGGGACCUUAGUUUUGUUUCACCCAAGUACUGCUUUCUGUCCGCUGCAACGUGGUCUCACAGAAUUAGCCUACGUGUAAAUGACCACAACCGCAUUACGUGUUAUUAUUUCCAUCAUGGAAAUAAUUGAGGUUCAGGCAACAAAACUAGGUCAUGGUUAGGGUUAAAAUAAGUAACGUUAACGUUUGUUAUGUAACUUAACCUUUGCAAACUUCUUCCCUGUUUGUACAGCAGAGAACAGAACUUAAUUAAAAUGGUAAAACAAUGAGUAUUAAACAAGCAUUUACAAUGAAGACAGUAGGCUAGGGUCCUAGACAUGUGGUCCUGUAACUGCAGCCUACUCUACAGCAGCAACAUGCUACUCAGCAGCUCACACUUAAAGAACUGUUGGUUAUCAUUUUAAAGUGCCACUUCUGCCGUUGAAGGACUCCCUGGCUUUCAGAGAAAGAAUGCUAAUCACAAUGCUGGUUUGUGUGUUUCACCUUCUCUUCCUGUUUGACCCCCUCACUCUGCUCUGCUGUUCCUCCCUGUGGCUACACUGCGUCACCACCAGCCAGUCAUGAGACGAAGCCCAGAGAGCUACGAGACAAAUGUGUUAACAGAAAGUUUCUUCUACUUCUGUUUUUUCCCGUAGCGGCUAAAGAUUGAAAAGCUUCUAUGUGCAAUGAGCUUAAUGUGAACUAGAAAGUUUAAAACAAUAUAUAUGUUAGAAUGUAGGAGAUGGGUAGCUUCCUGAUCUAUUUAAUUACACUGAACACACACCAUAACUGUAUACAGGCAUAAAGCGGGACACACACAUUCACACUGCCCACAUUGCCUCUCUCUUGUGUUGGAGAGCACAACUUCUACAGCAGAUAGUUUUGUAAAAAGGCUCUGUUGUCUUGCCUGCAUGCUGCUUUAGUUUUACAUUGUACAUAGGUCUUAAUUUAUUUGACAUGAUGUGUAUAUUAGCAAUCAUUGUAGCUACUGUGACAAUGAUUGAUUUCAUACGUUGCCAUUUUUGCUCCAAGACAAGCAGUAUUUUUUAGGUGAUGAGGAGCUCUUUUUUUCUUGAUUGGUCAAGAUCCUGCACUCCUUUUCAUAUGUAAAUCUGUUGACAAUGUGUUUGUAUAAAAUUAGAAAAGAAAAUCCAUAGAACUGGAGAAUGUGAUUGGUUGUAUCUCGUUGGUAAUUCCUUCUUAUUUCAGUGCUUAUGGAUGAGAUGUGAGGGGCAGAUUACUGUGUCCUGAAGCUGUAAUACUGUUUGUACAUUUGUGAAUGUGCAUGAAAAUAUUGUGGACGUUACAUCUGUUGUCAUAAACUGCCCUGCUGACAGAAGCACUUUGACAUACUGCAGGGCACAGGAAUCGAGAAGUCCCACACCAUGACAAGAAACUGUUAAACUGAUCCCAGAUCUGCCUGAGCUUCUCUUGAAUUAUCUCAUGAACAGAUCCAGGAUCUUUAUUUGAAGCAUUUCUUUAAGGUGCUUCUGUUUUCGUGACCACUGUCUGUUCACAGAUGUUCAGUGUGUGUAACCCAGUGACAAAAACCAAAACAGGGUUAUUUUGUACAGUUUGUGUUUGAUGAGAUGGUCCUCAGCCCUGACAUCCAAUUUUUCUCAUGGGUGAUUUUGUUUCCACUGCUUGCUGAAAACCCCUGUUAUGUUAAAGUGCUUGAUAUGUGUCCACCCCUCCCUCUCUCUUGAUGUUGUUCGUACCCUUUCUCUAAUCUAGCUGAACGUGAUAGUACCUGUAGUUUGGUAGAUGGAUGUUCUACUUUGAUAAGAUACAAAAAAAAGUUAAUAGAAUAAAUACAUUGUGGCUAAAUGUGAUUUUAAGAGACAUAAAGAAAGGAAAUUGUCUGAACCAUCCUCCCCCGAGUCCCUUUUACACUGUAGUUUGUACAUGUCGAGUGUAUAACACCGUUCUAUGAUGGUUUUCCUGAUGGUAUUUGUAUUUCUGUAUACACUUUGGUGAUCCUGUCAUAUCUGGGUUUUAUAAACCACGAUUAUUUUUAAAGCUCA